UCUGAACCAGAAAAAGAGGAUUUCUAGAGAAAUGGCACCACCAAUUACAGGAGAUCUGAGGAUUGUUAUGUUGGGUGUGACUGGAGCUGGAAAGAGUGCAACAGGAAACACAAUUCUGGGCAGAGAUGUGUUUGAAGUGGAUUUGAAUGCAGAUUCAGUUACAAAACAAUCUGAGAGAAAAAUGACAAGAAAAGGUAACAGGAGUAUCUCGAUAAUCGACACUCCAGGCCUCCAAGAUACAACCAAAAGGAAUCAAAAGAAAAUGAAGGGAGAAAUUAAGAAGUGCAUGAGAAUGUCUGCUCCUGGUCCUCAUGUGUUUCUGCUAGUCAUCAGACUGGACGAGAGAUUCACAGACGAAAAGAAGAACGCUGUGAAAUGGAUUCAGGAGAACUUUGGAGAAGAAGCUGCUCGUUACACCAUCAUUCUGUUCACUUAUGCUGAUUCACUACGUAAACCACUGAAAGAACGUAUAGAAGAGAGUCCAGAUCUACGGCAGUUUGUUAUGAGCUGUGGUGGCAGAUAUCAUGCAUUCAACAAUGUGGACAGAGAGAAUCAGGAUCAAGUAAACGAGCUUCUGGAUAAGAUGGAUGAAAUGGUGCUUAAAAAUGGAGGAAAGCACUACACUAAUGAGAUGUUUAAUGAUGUCCAGCGAAGGCUUAACUUGUGGCUUAAAACUGCAAUUACUGUAGGAGUAGUCUGUGGGGUAGCAGCAGCAGCAGUAGUAGUAGUGAAGAAAUGCAAAAAGUAA